AUGUCGUCGCAGCGUAACCGCCCGCGGGGCCCCAAUCGCAACAGCGAGGGCAUCCACGGCGAAGAAGUGCAGCUAUGGGAGAGCUGCAAGACCAAGAUCCAAGGCGUUAUCGACGGUUUUAAUGAGAGCAGCGACAAUGUGCACGAGAUCCGGGACCAAGACCAGCGCAUGGCUGAGAAGCGCGACACCAAGGGUUUCGGCAGCGUUGCCACGGCCGACUUCAGCGUUCUCGACAAUUUACUUCGCAAGGGUGUCAAGAUCAACGACGCCGAGGCUCAGAAGCUGCAGGGCAUAAUUGAGGAGCUGAAAGUCGUGCGCGCUGUCGUGAAGGCCAAGGAGGAGCAGCAGGAGCAAUCGACGUCGCGCGCUUCAGCCCAGCGCGCAAAGGAGGCCUCUGCUGCGGCGUCUUCGUCCGUGUAUGACUUCGAUGGAGCGGGCGACUCCCCUGUCCCUUCGCCGAACCCGACCGUAUCGAGGCGCAUGGGAGGCAGCGUUGGAAGUAAGGGCGACCGCGACUCGGUGCCCCCGAAGCUCGACCGCUCGACUCCCGCAGCCAAGGCUGGUAGUGCUGAGCCACAGUCCGGGACCUCCAACAAUCUAGCCCGCUCCAAACAAACUUUUGCACGGGGCGAUGAGGUGGCAUUCAAGCCCAAGCCAACGGCGAACGAACAGACGGACUGGAUACUUGGUAUUGUGCAGGGCGAGGGUAAGAGUCGUCGGUACAAGGUUCUCGACGCCGACGUCGACGAGGCAGGCAACCAGAAGGACUUCCGGACGAGCGCGAGCAGCAUGAUCCUCAUACCAAAGGAGGGGACGGUGCUGCCGAAUCUAGAGAAUGGCAGGGUGGUGUUGGCGCUGUAUCCUAACACGACGACGUUUUACAAGGCUGAGGUCAUGGGCAUGGAUGAGGGGAAGGUCAAUUUGAAGUUUGAAGGCGAGGAAAGCAAUAAUACAACCCAAGCUGUGCUGCGGCGCCAUGUGGUCGAGUAUCGGGGAUAG